AUGGUGAGAAUAACGAUAGAGCUGAUCCGAAAGCGAUCAGAGCACAACGAGGGUGAGAUAUCGACCUUGGAAGAGCUAUCCCUUCAUCAGGAGAACAUCGAAAAAAUCGAAUUGAUAAACCGCCUCUGCAAAGACCUGAGAAUUCUCCUCCUUCAGAAUAACCUCAUAUCAAAACUCGAGAAUCUGAGCCGAUUGAAGCUUCUGGAGUACCUCAACCUGGCCCUCAACAACAUCGAGGUAAUCGAGAACCUGGAGGGUCUCGAGAGCCUUAAAAAAUUGGAUUUAACCGUGAACUUUGUUGGCGAUGUGCGCGAUGUGAAGAGGCUUCGGGUUAAUGAACAUCUGCGGGAACUAUUCUUAAUUGGAAAUCCAUGCACGGACUACGAGGGCUACAGGGAGUACGUUGUCGCUGUUCUUCCCCAGCUGAGGGAGUUGGAUGGUCAUGAAAUCACGAGAUCUGAUCGCAUAAAGGCGAUGCAGAAGUAUGCAGAGGCCGAGGGAGAUGUCAUCAGGGGCUACUGGAAUUACCAGGAGAUAAGGGCUCGACAGUUAGAUCGCCAUCGUGAGAAGAGGGAGCGAGCCACAAUCACGGAGGUUAAGGAUGGGGAAAGUGAUGGCGAUGAGGAGGCGACGGAGGCAUUCUGGAAUAGCAGGAGUUAUCACACGCCUGAGGACAGGCGGGAAAUUGCGGACAAGGUGCGGAAGAUUGAGGAGAGGAAGAAUAGGGGGCUCGAGAAGAAUGAUGCACCGAAAUGUGCUCUCAAGUUGUUUAGUCCGGAGGGGAGACCGUAUAAUGUCAACCAGGCUAGGAUUCCGUUUGGGCUGAAUAUAGAGGAUGAUCCGGAGAUUAUUACUUUGGAAGUCGCGACGUACAGACAUUUAGACACAUCUCUCCUGAACGUCGACGUCCAGCCCAACUACGUUAGAGUUACAAUAAAAGGAAAAGUCCUGCAGUUGACAUUACCCUGCGAGAUAUUAACCGACAAGAGUACAGCCAAGAGGAACACAGUGACUGGAAAUCUGGUGAUAAACAUGCCACGCAUGAGUCCCCUGACAACUAUCACGAAACGGUUGAAUAAUUCAACCAAUAAAUUCGGAGAAGGUAACCGAUCGCCAAAGGUCAUAAAAUCUGGUUCCACAAUCACGAAGCGUGAGUUACUGGAGAUUGGACCACCUGCGACCGACCUAGAUUUUUCGAAAAUCUAUAAGGACCCAAAGACCCUUAAACAGGCAGCUUUAAAGGGCAAUUUGUCCGAGAAAAAAGCUUCUGAUGAUUUUGUUGACGAUCCUGACGUGCCUCCGUUGGAAUGA